AUGUCUGAAGCACCGGGGGUAAACGCUGCGGUCAGCGCGCGAAACGAUAACAGUUUCAACGCAGAGAGCGUAGUCGUUAUUGUGUGUUCCACACUAGCGAUGUACAACGCGGUUGAAUUGCUGCUCCUCAUAUACCUGACCUUCAAGCGGAAAGCCGGGCUCUACUUUUGGAGUAUCCUGCUAGCCUCCUUCGGGUUGAUUCCUUACUGCGUCGGCUGGCUGAUUGUGUACUUUGAUUUCACAAAGGACGUUGCUGGCUUCGUUAUCGACUCUAUUGGAUGGAUACUGGUCGUCUCUGGUCAAUCCGUCGUGCUCUACUCUAGACUGCAUCUGGUCUUACAAAGUCCUCGGAUUCUCCGCGCGGUACUGUGGAUGAUCAUCAUCGACGGAGUCGUCUUGCACACCAUGACUACGGUUGUGCUCUUCGGGUCGAAUUUGUCAGAUGCGAAGGAGGGUUUCUCCGCAGCAUACAAGGUCAUCGAGAAGGUCCAGAUGACCGUCUUCUGCAUUCAGGAGUUUAUCAUUUCCGGCCUCUACGUCUGGAAGACAGCCGACAUCCUCAAGACAGCCUUCAGCGAACGCACGCGUACUCUGCUGUGGCAGCUGUUUGGCAUCAACGUGCUGAUCAUCUUCAUGGACGUCGCGCUCCUGGCGCUUGAGUACAAGAACCUGAUGGUGUACCAACAGGGCUUCAAGGCUGUCAUCUAUGGUGUCAAACUUAAGCUCGAGUUCGCAGUUCUCAACGAGUUGGUCGAAGUGGCGAAAUCGAAUAUGAACUCGGGAUCGCGCGGCACCGCCGACCAGCAGCCCGACUUCAUCGAUGUCGCUGGAAGUCGUGUUAGUUCACAGUCGCAGUGCAAGACCGCGAAACAUCGCAUGUCGUUCUGGCCGACCAAGCCAGAGGUCAUGCACGUGGAGGACGUCAAGUCGCCGCCGAUGUCCCCGUACAUGCAAAACUCUCCGCACAUCCUCAAGCCGACCUUCUCAGAACUACGUGCGCAGGCGCAGGAAAUUGAGGACCAGAGUGACGCCAACAUCCGCUCAGACGUGGAGAGAUCAGCGGCGCUGGACGCGACGCGGUCGACGACCAGUCUCGAUUCGGAAGACGCGGGCUCGGAGCGAAUGUACAUGCGGGCAAUGCGACAGGUUUCGAGGCCGCAUUAG